CCGAAACUGUCAAAACAGCAUACUGGGUUGCGUGUGCCAAUAUCACCGGAAGAGCGAUUGACCGUGACACUGAGAAUGAUGUGGUAAGCUGAUAAUAUGGAGAUACGCCGGUUUCUAUAGAAAUUAUAUUAUUUGUUUAUCGGAGUUACGACUUAUGCGUAUCGCAAUUAUCAUCGGUUUCAUGGAAGAAGACACACAUUAUUUUAACCGAAACCUGGCAUAUUAUGUACGAUUGUUUGUACUUACUGAAUUUCUGGUUACAAUGCGUAUUCUUCGUCAAAAAAACGUGAUCAAAAUGGUGGAAUAAUAAUAUUUGUUGGUAAGUAUACAUGAAUAUGAUUUUGACGAGUGCAAUAUAUUAAGAUUAACUGUUUCUAUAGAAAACAAACAAAUAGUGUAUACAGGUCACUUUCUAGUAAUGGUAGUAACUUUAUGUCAGAGCUUAUGUUUAUUUUUAAUAAUGAAGUUUCAUACAAUGAAUCUAACUUUAUAAUUGGAAAUACAAACAAUUACGUUAUAGGAGAUAAAGUAAAUAACGAUUAUCUAGACUUCCUGGCCCACUAUGAAUUUAGAUAUUUUAUAAACACUCACUAGGACGCCUUUCGUUGUUAACUAUCCUUGAAUAGAUCAUAUCUUUAUCAGAGCCCCGAAGUUAACAUUAGAUAACGUUGUAGCUGGUGUGAUUCAGACACAAAUUACCGAUCAUUACUCUUUAAUAGUUGCAAUACAUUUAUCGAACACUUUUAAUAAAAUAAAUGUUCCACAAAUUUCCAAAACUGCAAACUAUAAUAUGGCACGUAUAAUUCUCGCCAAGUAAAUAAAUUAUUUAAACAAAAUAAAUGUACUUUAAUUUUUAUAAUAUUAUAUGAGAGUGGGGCGGUCGGCGGUCGGCGGCGGUGGCUCGUCGAAUCGUCUCCAUUACUGGAUGACAUAGGCGGCGGCCGACCGUCGCGAUAGUGCAUGUGCCGACGCCGCCCAAACAGUUUGCGCACACAAUGAACACCAUCCGAUUUUGUUUCACCGCCACCGUAGCGUUUCUCGUUAUCACGAUCGGCGGCAGAGGAGCGUCUUGCGAAGAUAAUAUCGUGCGGGGCCGGAAGUGCUGCCCGUCGGAUCGGCUGUACGAUCCGGAAGGGCGGUUCUGCAGACCACACGGGACAGACGUUGAAGAUUACCAGCAGAGGUUGUUGAAACGAGUGCAGCGCGAAUUCCGGGUGCCAGACAAUGAUGUGUUGAGAAUGUACCCUCAUCCACCGCCAUAUUGCAACGCCACGGAAGUGCUAGUCGAUGUGCCCCCCGUGGAGGUGCGUGGGCUGAUGGAGGCGCACCCGUCGCCCGUCGAGUUGCCGCCGGACCGCUGCUUCGACCUGACGCCGUCCGAUGAGCUGGUGACCCGGACGUGCCGGCCACGCGACCGGUACUGCGGCCGGGCCAAUUACACGUGCGUCAACAAGUGCUGCGGCGUCGGACGUAUGUUCGUCUACGGCCCCAACCACGAGGACACGUGGACGUGCAAAAAGAGCGAGAUGCUUUUCACGUUGUCUGCCUAUGAAACAGACGCAGGCGGAAGUCCGGUGGGCCUGUCGAACAACACGGUGCUACCAUUGAACGGCGGACUCUCGUGUGACACUACCAAUCUAAUGGACAACAGGUUCAUGUUGACCGCGGAUGGCAAACUUCACCUUAUCACCGUAUUCGGCGUAUGGAUCAUACCGGAGACGGAGUACUGCGUCGAGUAUUACGCCUUUGACGGGCCAAUGAAGACCAACAAUCUGACGGCACAAGUGUGCACGAAUGCCAUACCACCACCGGUCGGUUUCGCCUAUUUUGUUAUGUUGACCGCGUCUGUCGUGUGCCUGGGCCUCACGCUGAUCGUGUACGCCACACUGCCUUACCUCCGGAACGCCCACGGCUACUACGUUAUGUUCUACAUGGCCUGCCAGCUCGUGUACUUCGUCUGCAAAAUGAUCUUGAAUAAGAUAAUGAACGACUUGGACAGCCCGUUGUGCAUUCCAUUCGGUUAUUUCUUUUUAUUUACAACUCUGUCAAUGUGUUGCUGGUUAAACGUAAUAUGCUUCGAUAUUUACUGGAUGUUAAGGCACAACAAUUCAACAAACAGAAAUACAUCAAAAUCAGUACGUACUAUUAUGUACCAUAUUUACUGUUGGGGAUUUUCAAGUAUUUACGUAUCUACUGGUUAUUUAUUUCAACAUUCACAAAACAAAACGUUACGGGAAUUAGCACCCGAUAUUGGAAUAUAUAGAUGCUAUUUUUACACAUACAAUCACUAUGGAACUUUAAUAUUCUACUGGCUACCCAUUUGUGGUAUGCUGACUACCAAUUUAGUUUUGUUCUUACUAACUGCUAUGCAUUGUUCAAGAAUUAAAUCUGAGCUCAAUAAAUUCAAACGAACCGAUUCAAAAACAGAAAUGUUUUUUCUUUACAAAGAGAGGUUCGUAAUGAGCAUCAAACUAUUUCUGGUUUUUGGAGUCCUAUUCUUGUUUCAGAUACUAUGUCAAUUAUUCCGAAUUAGAGGGAUCAUAUGGAUAAUUAUUAAUAGAAUUUACUAUUUACAAGGAGUUUUUUUAUUUAUUAUAUUUGUGGCCAAGCGCAAAGUAAUUAUAGAUUUAAGGAAAAAGUUUAGAACUUCAAUAGUUCACACUGAGUUGACACCACUUAACAAUAUCCCCAGAUCAUAAAAGUUAUAAUUACACCUAAAUGUAAUAUGAAUAUACUAUGUAAAUAUUAUUAUAUUAUAUAUAAAUACUCUACGCCUUAAGGCUUAAAAAAAAUCAUUAUUUUUGUGUCUUUAUAUAUUACGUUGAUGUCGUUGUUUACUUUUAUUAUUUUUAAUAAAUGAAA